AAAGUCUAACAGUUAAACUGCUUCUAAUUCUGCUUUGAACGACUUUGUCAUUCUCUCUCUAACGGUACAAAUAAUCCACCCACAUUCCUAGCCGUUGGAGCCACCUUCAUUCUGAUUUAUUUCGAAGUCUCGGUUCAACUUUAUUCACAGAGUUUCACAAUCAAAAUGCAGAAACGCAUUUCAACAUCCACAGUAAUGAAUGACAAAGCCACUACUGAUGAGAAUCAAAACAUGAAUGCUGAUUCUUUCUGUUCUUUGAAACGGAAAAGACCCCCCAAGAUUGAGAUCCCCAGUUUGUUGUGUGAGAUUCGAGUGAAUUCAGAGCCGUGUUUCAAGAAUGAUUGCUUCAGUGGUCAUGGGGUCGGCCUUUUCUGCCGCAAAGGCAAGAAAACCAUCAUGGAGGAUACCUACAAAAUAAUUUCUACUUCAAAUGGCAAAAGGGGGUUUUUUGGGGUAUAUGAUGGACACGGAGGGCGAAAAGCUGCAGAAUUUGUGGCAGAAAAUUUACACUCGUAUGUAUUUGAAAUGCUUGACAAUGGUUCCAGCGCGACGAGAGAAAAAGCUAUUGAGGCUGCUUAUUUGAAAACUGAUCAGCGGUUUUUGAAACAGGGUUUGGGCAGUGGUGUUUGCUGUGUCACGGCGUUAAUUGAAGGAAAGGAGAUUAUAAUUUCAAAUUUGGGAGACUGUAGAGCAGUUCUAUGUGGCAGUGGAGUUGCUGAAGCCCUCACAAGAGACCAUAGAGCUGAGAGGGAGGAUGAGCGGAAGAGAAUAGAGGAUAUGGGAGGAUAUGUUGAACUUCACAGAGGAGGUUGGAGAGUACAUGGUGUUCUCUCUGUCUCUAGAAGCAUUGGAGAUGCUCAUUUGAAGGAUUGGGUACCAGCUGAACCUGACACCAAAACACUCAUUUUGGCACCAGAUAUGGAAUACCUUGUUUUAGCUUCUGAUGGUCUUUGGGAUGAGGUGGGCAAUCAGGAGGCUGUGGAUAUCAUAAUGCAGUAUUGUCCAAGGGAAAAGAGUAUGCAACUUCCAGUGUCCACUUUAAAUGAAAAGGGAAAGGAAUUUUAUUGUUUAAGUAAAAGUCCUUCAAAGUUAGGACGAGUUCCCAUAAUCAAGUCCAACAGAAGGAAAAGUCAUUCUCCGUGCUGUAAGAAAACUGUCAACAGCUGGAUGGCAAGUGAAGAUGAAUUUGGCAAUGAAAAUGAAAGUCCUCCGAAAAAGGCAAGGCGAGUUUCAACAAUGAACCAAACAAAGAUGAAGAUGAAAAUUCAUUCUCCAAAUCAAGAAAACAGUGGUUUGAACAAGAACCAACCAUCCAAUGCGCUUGUGGCUGCAUGCAGAGAACUUGUAAACCUAGCUGUGUCAAGGGGUAGUUCGGAUGACAUCACUGUAAUGAUAAUCGAUCUGAGUCAUUUCAAAUGCUAGUCGGUCAUCCUUAGGAAGUUUCAGUUGCAUACCUCAGAGAUUAGCCCUGACAGAUUCCUAUUGAGUAGGAUCCACUGUAAUGAAAACAGAUGAUUCUUUAAUUCUUUGAACAAUCAUGUAUGACAUAACAAAAACAAUAUGAUUUGUCUAGGAUUUGGAGUUACUGCAGUGCUGCAGAGUCUCUGAUAAUUAAAGCUGAAUUAAAGAACGGUUUACAAAAAUAUACAGGCUUUCCACGACUAGCGAUACAAGUUCACAACCAUGAUUUUGAAGAGAAUUUAGCUAUUCGAAUGCUAGAUUUUGGCACAAAGAAGAGUUUG